AUGCAACUUGAAUCCCCUGAUGAGGAUUUACCUGCAAUCCAAGUGUCUUUGAAUGAAUUUGUCUCAGCUGCAGAACAGAUGUUCAUACCUGAUCAACUAGACAAUUUUCUUCGCUUUGUCCUGGCUGGACGCCUUCAAUACCACAACAAGCUUGCCCGUAUAUUUAUCAAUGCCAGACAAGGAGCCUCUGCACCUCCCAUGUCUCAAUAUCAAUUGUACAGAGACAUUGACUCUGUUAUAGGCAUCACCCGGGAUCUACCUUUCCAAUUGCCUUUGGCCAUCUUUCCCUUGGCGUCAUUCCGUGAUGCUCUUACUGAAGACAAUCAUUUAAAAUGCCCUCUAUCUUGUCCCAAGGUAUGUGGGUUCAGUUCAUAUGUCCAGUAUUUUGACAAACACACCUUCAAGGAUGUUAUUGGCAUCCCACUUCACCGAAUUCCCAACAUGGCUUUGGGGAAAGCAGAUCGACGUCAUAUCACCCGUAUCUUCUUUCCUCAAUUAUAUCGCCAAGGACAAAGUCCUGCCAUUCCUCCAGAAACAAUGACUGUCAUCUAUGAAAAGUGCCUUAGACCUGCCGUUGUGGGUCUCAACCCCGUUGAUCGAAGCCGAUGGCCUAUCACAUAUUCAACUGCCAUGAAUUUGUACCGCGAUCAAAAGGGAAAAUUUCACUUUGGCACGGUGGAUUUCCCAUCUAAUCUCUUGGACAAGCUGGGGCCCAAACUUCUGGAAAUGUUUCAGAUGCAAGAUGGACUACACGGCACAUUCUUUGUUCAUGAGCUGCGAGGAACAAAAGGUGCAUCUCACCAUGAUCCAUCCAAUGCAGGCGCUAGACAUGCCGCUCUCAAUGCUGUAUUUCAUUUGUUUGACAUGUCACUGGUCAGGCCUGAGGACUGGGUGGUCGAUAUUGGACUAGAAAUUCAACACGAAGGACACAUUGAUAUCUUUCAUUCACUGGAUCUCCACUGCAUUUUCAGUCAAAUUCAAUAUCGAAUUAUUGACGAUGCCGAUUGGCAUAACCUGGUAUUCGAACGCUACUUUCCACCCAAAGGAGGACCAGUUGCUAAUGCUCUUCAGCACUUUCCAUCGGCGUCAUACUAUCGGCAAUGGCAAACUCUUAUGGAUGGGCUUGAUAAAGACCAUGCGGAGAUCAUUCAGAAUCACCACUUGCAGUGGUUUCACCAACUCUACUGGGUACCCCAUCCUGAAAGCGACCGUAUGUGGUCUACCAGAAAAGGCGGUAAGGGAUGGAUAAUGUUACCUCCCGGAGAGCCCAGACAUUGCCCACGCAUAGCCAUCAAUCCAAGAUUUAUAGGCAAAGAUAUGACUGUAGCGCUGGUUGUGGGAACUCCUUAA